CACGUGACACCCUGUAUGCCUCGCGCCGUUAACUCAUCAGUUGAACUCCGUCCGUUAACCAGUGCGGAACUCCGCCGGUCGUCGACAUAGCGUAUACGUAGAAAAAUACGAAACUCAGCUGGCUACAGGCAACCGACUUAGCAGCAUCCAACACAGCUAUAAAAUGUCGACGGAGGAAGUAUUGUUGCUAAACGGCCAUGCGACGAACGCUUACGUAACAGAAUCAAAGAGAUCAACAGCUGCUGCAAACGGCUCUGGGGUCGAAUUCGCCAUUUCAAGCCAAACAGACCUAGACGGACCAGACCAAGUACUUGCAUCUGAUUCGAUAUCUACGACUGAAGCAGCCGGUCGAGUUCGCAUUGAAUUUGAAAAAAAUGGAAUCGCCGAUCAUGUGCCUAUCUCAGUGCCGGGAUUGCUGGCAAAAACGGCCAGGGAAAACCCCGACUUUCCAGCGUUGGUAUCCCGUGAAGGAGUCGAUGGGCGAAGAGUUACCUAUACCUUCAAAGAAUACCAUAACCAGGUUCGGAUCGUGGCGAGAGCAUUCUUGAAGCUUGGACUCGAGCGCCACCAUAGUGUCUGUAUCCUUGGGUUCAACAGUCCGGAAUGGUUCAUCUCCGAUCUCGCAGCCAUACAUGCUGGAGGAUUUGCCUCCGGGAUUUAUACAACUAACUCCGCAGAAGCUUGCCUGUACUGCGCAGAACGCAGUAGAGCUAAUAUAAUUGUCGUCGAGGAUUCCAAACAAUUGGAGAAAAUUUUGGCAAUCAAAAGCAAGCUACCCCUUCUCAAAGCUAUCGUACAGUAUGACGGUGUCCCAACUCAGAAAGGUGUUCUAAGUUGGAACGAAUUAUUGGAAAUCGGUAAGAAUGAGUCGGAUGACAAGUUGGAUUCUGUCUUGCGGACAAUUUGCAUCAAUGAAUGUUGCACUUUGGUAUUUACGUCCGGAACAGUUGGAAAUCCAAAAGCAGUUAUGCUGAGCCAUGACAAUCUCAUCUACGAUGCGAAAGCGAUCAUAACUUCAGCAAGAUUAACGCCUAGGACUGAUAGGCUCGUCAGCUUCCUUCCACUGUCGCACGUGGCUGCUCAGGUCGUCGAUAUUUAUGCAGGCCUGGCGAUCGUCGGAACGGUAUAUUUUGCUGACAAAAACGCCUUAAAGGGUACCCUGAUAGACACUCUGCAGGUAGCAAAGCCCACCGCCUUUUUAGGAGUUCCCAGAGUGUGGGAAAAAAUUUAUGAAAAAAUGCAGGCCGUAGCCCGAAAUAACGGAGUGAUAAAAACGUGGAUUGCAAAUUGGGCCAAAGCCCAGGCACUCAACUAUAACAUAAACAAGAUGAACGGAGUGGACUAUAAGAGCUGGAGCUAUCUGUUAGCUAAAUGGCUUAUCUUUGGCAAAAUAAAGAGCACUCUUGGUCUGGACAAGUGCAAUAUCUUUGUGACAGCCGCCGCUCCAUUGAGUACCGAGGUGAAACGAUAUUUUAUGAGCCUUGAUAUCCCUAUUAUGGAGGCUUUUGGAAUGUCAGAAUGCGCUGGCGCACACACUCUGAGCCAAAAUGAUAAUUACAGAUUGGGAAGUGUCGGACCAGUCAUGCCAGGCUUACGCUUGAAAAUAGACAAACCAGAUGCUACUGGCGAAGGCGAAGUCUGCAUGAAAGGUCGUCACACCUUUAUGGGAUACCUUGAAGAGCCAGAAAAAACCAGGGAUACUAAAGAUGAUGAAGGAUGGUUACACAGUGGUGAUUUAGGCCGAUAUGAUAAAGAUGGGUUCCUCUGGAUGACAGGAAGAAUCAAGGAGCUGAUAAUAACGGCUGGUGGUGAAAAUAUUCCGCCAGUUCACAUAGAGCAUUUAGUCUUGGCUGAAUUACCAGCUCUUAGCAAUGCACUUCUUGUCGGUGAUAUGAGAAAAUACUUGACGAUACUAGUCACUCUACAGACUGAUCUAAAUCCUGAGACUGGCGCACCUUUGGACACGCUGUCACCAUUGACACUGUCUUGGGCAAAGUCAAUCGGCAGCAAAGCAAAAACAGUAACGGAAGUCAUACAAUCCAAGGACCCAGCUAUUCACAAGGAGAUCGAAGAAGCUAUCAAAAGGGCAAACAGUCAUGCAACAAGUAAUGCGCAAAAGGUGCAGAAGUUCCGGAUUCUCCCACACGACUUUUCAGUCCCAACGGGUGAGCUUGGACCAACGUUGAAAGUAAAAAGAAACGUUGUCCUCAAGAUGUACGCAGAUUUAAUUGAAGAGAUGUAUAAAUAGUGAAAAUUAGCAUAGGUAUACAGGGUGACAUUAAGAGCUGCAAGACUUCGGAUGUGAAGUCAGAUAAAACCGGUUAUGAGAACAUGUUAUAAAGUUAUCUCUUGCAAAAAGUCGAGCAAUCAAUAGUGCAAAUUAUUGGUAGCUCAAUAUAUUUACUUAGGUUAUCUUGAUGAAAACUUACUAAGCGAAGAAUUUUUUUAAAUAAUCGAAAUGAAAAAGGGUAAACGGGGUGGAUAAUAUAACGAAAACACUAGCAUUAUAUAUAUACUAUGUCAUUUUUCACCACGAAUUUUUCCUACCGCAUUGGCGUUUAAUUUAGGUGUAAUUAAUAAUAGAAUGUUGCAAAUGGAAAAAGGUGUAGUCUGUACUUUAUGGCUAACGGUCACUCUAUUUGCUCUACAACAAAGCGGCAUCCGGGAGAAACUAAGGAAUAUAAUAGAAUUUUUGAGCAAGCAUACAAGUGCCUUUUUAUACGAAACAACAAAAAAACAAAUCAAUAGUCAUUGCUCAAGAACUAAACAUAUACCUUUUUUCAAUCAUUUAUACAAGGGCUGUGCGAUGAAUCAUUUACACUUAGACUGCGAUCAAUUGUCUUGUCAAUCGAUCGAUUCAUCGCACAGCCGUAAUUAAUACCAUGCCGAGACUCUGCAUAACCAUCACAGUAGAGAGAUAUAAGUAAAUUUGUGAAUUUAUUUAGCCAACACAUCACAGUUAUAACUCUAGGUUUCUUGAGUAGCAGCCCCACUUCCAUUAUUACACAUGGGAUCGGUCGAAAUCAAUCACAAACUGAGCCGACACAAUAUGAUUGCCGUUUUGGCCUACACAAAAUAGUAUACCGCGGUGUAUUUUAUGUGUUUUUAUUUUUAAUAAUAUGUAUUUUUAUGGUGAAAUCCUUACUUUUCACGUACAUUAUUUAGUUUAUUCUAGCAUAAUAAACCACGACAGAACGUACCUACUUAUGAGAACAGACCUACAUAUCAUUUUCGCGGUAACUAUAAGAAGGGAAACAUUUUCACUCAACUUACUGUUUUAAUUGUAAAUCGGAUAAACUUAGUGAUUAAAUUGAAACAUUACUAAAUAAUUGGUACAAAUUAUUAUUCGCAAGUUAUUUAAGUAAUUGUAGUAUAAUCGGGUACUUAAGAGACAAUAACGAAGGUGCAAUAAUUAUGUUGUGAGUUCAAGAGAUCGAAGUGCCUCUGGUUCAUUUGCGACGAAAUUUUUUUUUUGUUAAUUGGAUGAUAAUCAAAGGAAGCCGUGUAUAUAUAUAAAUAGUGUUCAUAAUAAAAUGAUGCCGUUGGUUAUAAAUUAUAAUUUUAUUUUCACAUUUAUGCUAAAUUCAGAUAAAAUAGUUACGAUGAGCCUAUUUUACAAAAAGUAUAAUAUGCCACCGAAAGAACUUACUGCAACACGUUCACUUGUCUCGAUGUCACAGGUGGAAUACUAUCUAUAUAUGUAUAGUUACUUUUAAUGAUUUUCAUUUGGUGUAGUUAGGUCAACUGAAUAGUAACAUGGGCAGAAGAAAAAGAGCAGACUGCAGGAAAAGAGAAACACAUUAAGGUUUUUUGUGAAAAAUACCCAUGCCAACUAUAUUUUUUUCUAUAUACGUACCAGAUUAAUUCUGUUUCUAGGGUAAAUUCUGCAUUUUACGAAGUGUAUUUAACCAAAAAACCUGAUGUGUCCUUUUUUUCUGUAGUUUCGAGUAAAUUCUGCUCUUUUAUUCUCUCCGUGUAUUUUGAGUUUCAAUGGUUCAACUGAUGUAGAUUCCGCAUGACUUUUUUUCCUUUUCUUUUCCUUCCAACUUUACAGGCAACUAUAAAAAAUUAUGUCAGAACUCGUGAUAUCAAAUUGGAUUGAUUUUUAAACAAAUUCCUGCAUUUUACUAAUUAUACGUGUGCAAAUGCAUGUUUUAGUUAUAAAAGAACAGUUUUAAAACUAAAUAUACACGGGCGAUUGAACGGUGGAUACAUUUAAGGAUGAUAUGAAUAUUACUUUCAUAUUUGGAAAAAGAUUUAGGAAAAUAAAGACAAGGGAUUAUAAUUUGAGUAAAAGAAUAAAACAAUUGCGAUAUUACGAUAAUAUAUAUUAAUAACUAGAUACAGUUAGUAGCUGUGCAACUAUUACGUUACAAAUUAUAAUCAAGUUUCGAUAAAUGAGCUUCAUCGAUAUGAAUACCUUGAUGAUAACAAGACAUGUGUAUGUUGA